CAAUUCAUUAUAUAUAAAACAGCCCUUUGCAGAAAGCAAGAGAAACAAAAGAGUGAACAUAUAUAAAUACAAAAUGGGGAAGAGCAAGGUUCUAGUGGUGGGGGGAACAGGGUAUAUUGGGCGGAGGAUCGUGAAGGCAAGCUUGGCAGAGGGGCAUGAAACCUAUGUCCUUCAACGCCCAGAGAUUGGACUGGACAUUGAUAAGCUGCAGAUCUUACUCUCCUUCAAGAAACAAGGGGCUCACCUAAUCGAGGGCUCUUUUAAUGAUCAUAAAAGCUUGGUCGACGCUGUUAAGCAAGUUGAUGUUGUUAUUUGCACCAUGUCUGGUGUGCAUUUUCGCAGCCACAAUAUUUUGUUGCAGCUCAAGCUUGUGGAAGCCAUCAAAGAAGCUGGGAAUGUUAAGCGAUUUUUGCCAUCGGAGUUUGGUAUGGAUCCAGCACGGAUGGGACAUGCACUUGAACCAGGAAGAGUAACAUUUGAUGAAAAAAUGGUAGUGAGAAAAGCAAUUGAAGAGGCCAACAUCCCCUUCACCUACGUUAUCGCCAACUGCUUUGCCGGUUACUUUGUGGGCAACCUUUCUCAGCUUGGAAGGCUCACUCCUCCUAAAGACAAGGUUUAUCUUUACGGUGACGGAAAUGUUAAAGUGGCUUUUACGGACGAAGAGGAUGUUGCCACAUACACGAUAAAAGCAAUAGAUGAUCCCACAACAUUGAACAAAACAUUGUACAUAAGGCCCCCACAUAACAUCCUCACACAAUCCGAGCUAAUCCAGAAAUGGGAGACCCUCACUGGGAACAAACUAGACAAAAUCAGCACUACUGCAGAUGAUUUCUUAGCCUCCAUGAAAGGGUUUGACUUGGCAGGGCAGGUAGGAGUAGGGCAUUUCUACCACAUAUUCUACGAAGGCUGCUUAACCAACUUUGAAAUAGGAGAAGGAAGUGAAGAAGCUUCAAAGCUUUAUCCCCAAGUGGAGUACACUCGCAUGGAUGAUUACAUGAAAAUUUAUGUUUAAAUCAAAUUAAUGUAAGAAUCGGUGACUUUCACCUCAACCAAACAAAAUAAGGGAUAUCUACCCAAAUCUUUCUCA